AUGAAAAUGAGGACGAGUAGACUAAGAUGGCGUCGAUUUUUCUUUCUUUCGAUUGGUCUGUUUCUUUUGAGCGUGUUCAUGUUUUACCAAUCGCUAUCGAUCGAGAAUGUCACGUGUUUAGAUAGGUUUGUCUCGCCGAGGAUAUCAAACCUGCACGAUCAGUUAAUUACAAUAGUAGACGAUAAGAAAACGAAUAUGGUAUUUCGACAAUCUGCUGAUAGCAAAUUAAUAUCUAGUUUCAUAUCGGACAUGGAGGGAAACCUCAUUCCUAACAGCAUACACAUAGUGUGGUGUCACAACAGAAGUCUCCAUUUUGAAAAUUAUCUUAGUAUUUUAAGUGCCUGGAAAAUCAUGCAACCGGAUAUCAUCGAGUUUCAUACGAAAUAUGAUAUUCAUGGUGGACAAGACAAGUAUAAUUACUGGUUUGAGGAUCUUAAGAAAACUAUUCCAGGAUUCGUUGUAAAGGUCAUGCCAAACUAUAACAAUGAUCCGGCCUGUGGUGUGUGGUACGGUAUCGAUGUUCUCCUGGAUCGUGGAGGAAUGUACAUCAGUGACACAAUGUUUCUGAUGCAGUCUUUACGCCACUUACGGCGAAAAGACUCUGCGAUUGGAGUUACUGAUGGAGACUGGAAAGUCAGUUACGCAAUGUCUACUGAUCACAACAGACCAGCUUUAGUGACUUUAAAGCAGUUAUUAACUUUGAAAAAUACGGAAGAUUCGGAUUUAACACUACCAAAUAAUUAUUCCCAAUGUGAACAAAUGGGAAAUGAUUUUGAAAUGUUAUUCGAAAAUACGACUUGCGUUGAGUUACCAGCUUUACAUCCUAAGGAUAUAAUGCAUUCGAAUACCUCAUUUGCGUAUAAUGUUAGACUAAUACUAUAUGGAGAUUCGGCACUUGUAGCACCUAAAACAAGGCUACCAGGUGUAAUUCCAAAAAUUAUUCAUCUUGUGUGGUUUAACAGGAAAACUAUGGAUUUUAUGAUGUAUUUAAGCCUUAGGAGCGCUCUUACGUUUUUGAAACCAGAUAAAGUGUAUAUACACGGUGACAAAUUACUUGAAGGGGAAUAUAUGGAAAAGUUCAAAAGAGAUCCAAGGAUAAUUAUGGUGAAUAGAGAAGUACCAAGAUAUGUUUUUGGGAAAGACGUACUUUAUACACAACAUAAAAGUGAUAUCAUCCGCGCAGAUGUGUUAUUAAAAUAUGGCGGGAUUUAUAUGGACUGGGACGUUCUGUGGCUUCGUCCAAUCGACGAUUUAAUACAAACCGGAUAUGACGCAAUAGUAAAUUUUGAUCACAUGCCGUGGCCUGAUUUUCCAGAUGCAUUCAAUUUAGGUGUUCUGAUGGCAAAGCCUGGGUCAGAGUUUAUUAAAAAUUGGCAAGCUGCCUUAGUUGAUUAUAGAUCAUGGGACUUUUUUUACAAUGCCAUUCUGCUGCCUUAUAAAAUAUACGAACGUUAUCCUCACAGUGUUCAUAUAGAAAAACACCUACAAGUGAUGUGUUAUCAACUGAAAUGUCAUCCAAUAUUCCGACCCGGAUACAAGAAUUACAAUCGUGAACAGGAUUUUAAUUGGAAGAUGGACACUUAUUCUGUUCACUUCACAUUCCCUGACCCACCAGCCUUGACUAACGCCUCAACAUUAAGAAAAGGCAAAGGAAUGUUUGCCGAUAUUGGCCGGUACAUUCUGGAGCAACCUUACGAAUAUGAUUGA